AUGUUAUUUGCAUUGCAGUAAAUUUGACUAGUAUUUAUAAUUUUCAUUAAAUUGUCAACUAACUGAGAGAAUUCUGUCUUGAAGAGCUGGAGGGCAAGAUCGAGGCAGUAGAAGUACGAGGCAACAGCAGAUUAGCGUGAAUAAUGAAGACACGUCCGUGUGAAAGCCUAAGCGGGUCUCCUUAAGUCUGCUCCUUCGAGUAGAAGCCGAAGCCGGAAAGGAAGGAUACUGGCUGAGAGAUGAGGUGAACAGAAAGGAGGUAGAAGCAGUUAAUUACUCCUCCCAUCCAGAGGAUAACGACUUCCCCUUAUUUGUCGAGAGGCGCAAACAGCCAACCCUCGGCGAAAUCCCUCGGCAAGACGCUUUCUUGGAUAUGUACCUCGAAGUCUUGGAUUUAUCCUAUAACUUGAACGUUAACUUCUUUCGAUGAACAUUGACCAGGUAUUUUUCAAUAGAUAAACACAAUACGUUAAACAUCCGGUUAUUUCCAUUGCGAAAUAUAUUUAAAUUCUUCGAUUUGUCGUAGAAUACUGAUAAAUUUAAGAUUUCGUACAUAUAGUUACUAUGUUGUAUAUAGAUUAUGUUGAUUGUUUUUAAUAAUAUACAUCGCGCUUCUUCGUGUUAAAUCUUCGCCCAAUUGGGACGACAAUAAUGGUUGAAAACGUAAGCAAUUAGCCUAACGAUGCUACCAGUGUCAAUUGUUUUAUUGUCAUAAUCAACAAACGAAUACAGGAAGGAAUUUUCGUGCUAUAUUCAAAAUUGUAAUAUAGUAUCGAUGUAACAUUAUGUCAGAAUGCAUUGAAAUUGGAAUGCAAAAGGAAUUGUAG